AUGUCGAACCCCGAAGUAUUCGUCAUUGAAGAUUCCAGAUCUGAUAGUGAGAACGCGAGGAAUAGUAGACCAGCUCCAUCGGUCGACAACCCGCAGACGGCACUUGGCACGUACAAGAAUGCCAGCGAAGAAGGAAUGGAAGAUACCAGUGAGCACAAGGUCGAGGAAGGGAACCUCAUUGAGAUCGACGUGAUAAAGAAAGCGCUGGAGAAAUGCCUCAAUCGGGUGGGAACCUCCGGAUCCUUUGCCUAUGGUCGACCUUGGAGAGAUCCGCCCAACCCAGGUCUCUAUUUAGAUGGAUAUGGCGACGUUCGCUUUCCACUAGGCCCGACUGAAGUCCAAAGGAUCAAGACUGCUUGUACUGGGAUUGACCUUCGAAAUCCGGAGCCCGAACUCCUCCCACGUAACCUAUCCCCCCCGCCAAUAUGGCAGCUUGCAGCCACCGAAUGGAAGACUGGCAAUCCAUCUUGGACGAAGAUAUUGGCAGCUAUCGCUACUACUAUGUAUACCCAACUUGGUAUUCGGGAUACGAUCCCUAUACUCACACCGUCUUCUCUUAUUUUACAAGCAGCCGGGAGUGAUCUAAGCCAACUUCAUCGUCCUACUCCCCGGUCGACAGCGUUUGGGUUUCUUGAUGUCGUAUUGCCGUCCAAACAUGCUGGAGGAGAGCUCCUUCUGAGGUACACCUUCGGCUUUGAACAAAGAAGCAGCGUUCAGAAUUACCCUGCCGCUCCAGUAUGCGGAGGAGUUUCCCGUCUUUAUUUUGUCUUGACAAGCUGGGAACGUCACUUAGUGGAGCGCAAGCGCAAAUUCCUGGCAUAUAGCCUUGACUCCACCUACGAUGAACUAAUCUUAGCCCGGCAAAAACUCGUAGGUCGAGACCAAUAUGUCGUCUCUCAACUCGAGGAUGCUUGCCAGGCUACCGGUUUCUGCCUCUUCCUGGCAACUAUUGAGAGGAAGCUAAGUGGAUCAACCAACUCAGAAACUACCAUCGGAGGUUACCACCUGAUGGAUGCAGUGGACGAAACUUCAUGCAAACUACAACAUGUCGCGGACCUCGACGGAAGAGAAUUUUCCAGUGAUCUGGAGCUGUUGAUCGAGGAAAGACAAGUUCUUGUAAACAAUUCUUGUUGGGAAAGCCGUCAGCGGAAGAAUGAAGCAUACGACAAGUAUAAUGGCCAGCUGAUACAUUGGCUCCGGCGUCAGGCUGUGGUCAUUGUACCACGAUCAUCGCGGAUGUCCUUGCUAUUAGGAGCAUGCGCAGUUGAACGACAAGAUGAUAUUACCAAACUUCUUCAAGCGUAUGUCCUUCACGACGCUCAAUACAUGGAUGAAGAUGCAAGGCUGGAUAUCAAAGAUUUAUGCUCGAUCGCCGUAUCAAGCUCUACGUGGGAGUCGCAAAGCAACAAAUUCGAAGACCAGACGGUCAUUGGAGCGCUCAAGGCAAUUAUCAAGUACCGUGACGUCCAUUUAUUUGAGUCUGCUUUACCCCUUCUCUUCUCUAAGGAUAAGUACUUCCGACUUAUAGAGACCGAGAUGUCGCGCCUUGGUAAGGACUGGUUCUAUGCUAGGCUCGAAUCCUGUGUCCACGACUCAAGGACAUUUGAUUUGCGGCACGAGAGGAUGUUUCUCAUAUACCAACGAAUCCGAGAUCAUGACUGGGCCUCCGCUCAAUUAAAGGCGGCUGUUACGCUAUUAGCUUCUCAUACUGCAGAAGAAGGCACGCUGUUAGGGAAGAUGGCUACAUUGUGGCAGGGUCACAAGGAUAUCUUAAGUCCAAUGUUGAUCCCCCUGAUCCUAAGGCAUGCUAGGAAUCCUCGAACCUUGAUAUCUCGCCUUCUGUUCAGCUUCAAGGUCAUCUAUCUUACAGCUCGUCAAAAAUGA